ACCAUUCGUAGUCUGCACUGUGCGCUGCACUUGAGGUUGGACCAGCAUCGUCUGCAAUUGCAACAAAGUAUCUAAAGGUAUAUUUUGCAACAAAGAGGACGAUGGCAACAUCCAUGAAAUUGAACAGCGGUGCAGACAUGCCCAUUCUCGGUCUCGGGACGUGGAAGUCCCCUCCAGGUAAAGUAACUGAUGCGGUGAAAACGGCCAUAGCUGCAGGCUACAGGCACAUCGAUGGGGCCUUCAUCUACCAGAACGAGACAGAGGUGGGAGAGGGCAUUCAUGCCAUGGUCAAGGAGGGGGUGGUGAAGAGAAAGGAGCUGUUCGUGGUCAGUAAGCUGUGGUGCACAUUUCAUGGGAAGUCUAUGGUGAAAGAAGGCUGUCUGAAGACUCUAAGUGAUCUCAAACUAGACUACCUGGAUCUUUAUCUGAUACACUGGCCCAUGGGCUUUCAGCCUGGAGAAGCCCUCUUCCCUACGGACAGCAAUGGAAAUAAUAUCGAUGAUGGGUCCAAAUUCCUGGAGACAUGGGAGGGUAUGGAGGAGCUGGUGGAUGCUGGUCUGGUCAAGGCUAUCGGUGUCUCCAACUUUAACAAAGACCAGAUUGAAUCCAUCCUGAACAAGCCAGGCCUCAAGUAUAAACCUGCCAACAACCAGGUUGAAUGCCACCCGUAUCUGAACCAGGAGCAGUUGAUCAACUACUGUCACUCUAAGGGCAUCUCUGUGACAGCCUACAGCCCCCUGGGGUCCCCAGACAGACCAUGGGCCAAACCAGAGGACCCUUCUCUGCUGGAGGAUCCCAACAUCAAGGCCAUCGCUGAGAAGCACAAGAAGACCUCUGCCCAGGUCCUGAUCCGCUUCCAUAUCCAACGGAACACGAUUGUGAUUCCCAAGUCUAUCACCCCCACACGUAUCCAGGAGAAUUUCAAGGUGUUUGACUUUGUGUUGAGCGACGAGGAAAUGAAGACCAUUCUGGGCUUCAACAGGGACUGGAGAGUCUGCCCAAUGACAGGGAGCAUGAAGCACAAGGACUACCCCUUCAAUGCUGAAUUUUAAGGAAACAGUGGAUUCACAAAAUUACAUCUGGUGCUGUGGCUUGCUUGAGAUGUCUGCUCUCGCUCUGUUCUCGUUUAGAUUCAUUCUUAUUUCUCCCUUUAAGACAAUGUGCAUAAAUAGCCGUCCUUGAGCUAGUUUCUAGCAAUUACAGACUGUGAUUUAGUAUCUGUGUGUUGCACAAUGCAGUUGCAGUAUUGUAUUUCUCAUGAGAUAUACACUCUGACCUAUAUUAUUGCCUUCUACCAUAGCUUAAUACACAAUGGUCAUUCUUUUUCAACAAUCAUGGAAACAUCAUUUGACAUAAGAUCGAUAUUAGUGAAGUGUAAAAAAAGCUUGUGAGUUUGGUUACUGGUUUGGGUGGAAAUCUGGAGCCUUGGAUUUGCUAACGCACAAUAGGGUUUUUGUGGCUUCUCACAUGACUCUGUUUGUGUCUCUUUGGAUUUGAGUCUCUAAUGGUCUCUCACAAGCGUUUAUCAAUGAGCCUCCACAUUUACAGGCCAUAUAAUAACCAUAUGACUUUAAAGAAUCAAUGUUAACCACAAUAAUUCAUAGUUCUACCAUAGGAGCUUGGUAUGUCAUACCUGGUUUUACUGUAGUAAUGAUGUACAGUAUUACAUAUCAACUGUGAGAUAUUUCAUUUAAAUCCAUCUGGUUUUGUUUCAGGGAUAAAAACAGCCAAAGAGUGGAAAAUUGGCAUAUAGAAAUAGUAUAGACGUAGCUUAUCCUGAUAGUACAUUGUCCUGUGUGCAUGAAGAUAUUAUGUUGAACACGCCUUCCCUCAAAUGCCUAGUCAUAUGAGCCCUUUGGCCUAGAAUGAGUCAUCCACACUCCUUGCCUUACAGGAUGAUAAAGCACUUAUACUCAUUGACUUUGACUUGUGUGUUGAAACUGUUGUGAAAUUCCCAUUUCCCUUUUGUGAACUGUUUUUAUUUUUUAAUAUAAAGCUUUCUUUGCUUCAGUCA